AUGUCUUCCCAGGGUUUGAGCUUCGAGGUCUUCGGCCCCGACGUCCGACAAGACACGGCCAUUGGCGCCGAGAUCAAGCUCCCUAGCGACAUGCCCAUUCUGGACCUGGAGCGUCUGACCGCCCAGGACAAGGACGUGCUCCGUCAGGCCCUCUUUGAGAACCAGGUCAUUGUCAUUCGCGGACAAAAGGGCGUCGACCCAACGGUGCUGCCCGAGCUCGCCAAGAUCUUUGACGAUUCCGCCAUUGGCAUCCACUCGGCCGGAGAAAAGGCCGUCAGCGACCCGAGAAACAUUCUCUCGGCCUACAAGGCCGGUCGUAUCCCCAAGGCGCCGCAGGUUGGUAUCAUUGGAUCCGGCAAGUUUCAGAACUACGAGGGCAUUCCGGAAUUGGAGGUCAUCCACCUGGACCACACCUUGUUCCACGAGACUCCUCUGGAAAAGGAGGAGCUAGACAGCGGUUUCACAAGACCCUACCGGUGGCACAUGGACACACCCUUCUAUGAGAGAUUGCCCGGCGAGGUGACAGUCUUGCACUCGAUCCAGAUCCCCAAGAUCCCGGACCAGAAGAUCAAGUUUCCAGACGGAGAGAAGGAGAUUGGCGCUGGCGCCACGGCCUUCUUCUCAGGUGCCCGUGCUUUCGAUCUCUUGACGCCCGAAGAGCAAGAAUUCGCUCUCAACACAACAGUAACAUACGCCCCGCAAGCCUAUGAGUACAUCAGACAGUGCAAGUCGUCCGAGGACGGCCUGACUAUCCCUACUCUUGGCCGCGAGGUCCCUGUUGACCAAGUCUCGGAGUGGCAGUGGGACAAAGUGGCAGAGCACCCUAUGGUCUGGAAGAACCCCCUCAACCCCUCCCGACCCUUCCUACAGGUUCACGGCUGCUGCGUAUACAAACUCACGACGCGCAACCCGCAGACAGGCGAGGAGACCGUCAUUGACGACGUGGAGGAGGUUCGCAAGAUUGUCUACAACAUGCAAAAGAAGAUCUACGCGGCCAAGCACAUUUACGCACACCGCUGGAUUGAGGGCGACCUCGUCAUCUUCCACAACCGCGGCGUCAUGCACAGCAUCACCGGCCAGCUCGAGCAGCACGAUGCCAAGGACAAGCAGCGCCUGCUCUGGCAAUGCACCAUGACUAGUGGAGAGCCGCCCAAGCCUUUCCGUGACUAUCCCGGCGUAAACGCGACAGGUUUCGUGCGGGCGCAAGCUUGA